AUGAAGAACAAGAUCUUUGCUGCUCCCAAGGGAAUAGCCUAUCGACAUGUCUCCAACAUCGGUAGUACGAAAACAAUUGAACAGCGUCGAACUGUGACUGAUCUAUAUCUUGAUGAUUGGAGCAACAAUCGCGGUGAGAAAGCAGCAGCUGAUCACCUUCGCAAGGAGUAUUGCAUUUAUCCUCGAUGGAACUGGAAUUAUGCUUGCAGUGGGGAAGUUGGUGUAUAUCCAACGAACUGUCCUAAUGAGAGUUUUAACCGGCAUGGUAUCAAGAGUGUUGCCGCUGACUGUUCCAAGAACGCUUCUCUUGCUGCUUUCCUUGUCCACACUGCCCCACGACUGUUACAGGAAGACGCUCACACACGGGCUGACCCUUGUACCAUCGAGAUACCAAGAAGUGCCUCUAUUUUCGCCAUUGCAACAAGUGGCUUCUUACGUGAAAAGAUAGAUGUGGUGUCACUUGGAAGGGAUGCGUAUGGGAAUCCUUCCAGCUGGCUAGUGAACGUGGGAUACAAAAUCGGAAUUCCAAUCGACGACAGAAGGAUCAGACUUGUCUUGGCGGCAAUGGAGGGGAACAAGAUCCCAUUCGAAGACGUAAGGCGCAAGCACAAGAUGGACUUGUCGCCGGAUCAAGUUGCAGAUAUGAUGAGUGGUCUAGGCAAUUCCUCCAAGAGACGUUGCCUUUCCAAGAUGAUUGACUCUUUUGAUUCCUACCUUGCCUCACUGAAUAAUGCCCAGUUGUCCCGUGUCGCACGAUACUUAGGCCUCUUCCGGUCUGACAACAAAGAACGAGAUCCCAUGAAAGGACUUACAACACAGUGCAUCCUCGAUAACUUGCUUUCUUUUUAUGACAAUCCUGCGGGUCAUCGGGCAAUGUUGCUCGGUUCUCGAAAGCAAGACUCUCCUUUUGUAGUUGUGAAGGCCCUAGCAGGCAAGGUGAAGGACGCAUCUAUGCCCGAGAAAGAGAACAACAAGUAA